AUACAGAGGGAGAAGUCAUGGCACAUCCAAGCCUACGUCCCUAUUUAUUAAUCUGGGGAGAUUAAAGAAAAAACAAUGUCAAUGGUCCGAAAAUUCCUUAUAAUUUGCAGUUUGGCGCUUCAUAGUACACUACAACUUGCGUGAUAUCUUGGAAAUCACGCUGCCGAAUUUUCAGUAAAUCUGAUAUUUUCUUCAACUGUCAACUAAAUCUUUGAUUGUAAAAUGCCUCCUAAAAAGAAGCCAAAGAAGCAGUAUAAUGGGUUCUACAUGUUCAUGCUGGAAAAACAGGAAGAAAUGCGUUUGGAAGGCCGUAAAGUUUCGAUGCAAGACAUGGUCCCGAUUGCGCAUCCCGAGUGGAGAAUGCUUCCAGAAGAUAUUCAGAAGGAGUACACAGCUCGCGCCAAACAAAAGAAGAAAGAAGACAAGGGAGCGUCAGGAUAUGAAGGGAAAUUGGAUUGCACAGGGCAACUCAUCACGAAUCGUUUUUCAGUGAGUGAUUACCUUGAAAAGAGAAGACGAACCGAGGCUGCUGCCCUGAAAUCAUCAUGGUCUACUGGUGUAGACAUAGCCAAUCAUCCAUUCUACAUGAUAGCUGUAAAGACAUUAUGCCAAGUCCCCGAUGAUGACACGUACCUUCCGUGUGAACUAGCGUGCGUAGAGUAUACCAUGAGUGCCGGCAUCACCAAACGCUUCCAUUGCUUCCCGGAUCCUGGCAAACUCCCGAUGGGCACUCGAUACCUGUGCAAAGUGCAAGGCGAGGAUAUCCACAAGAUUCCGGCAGAAGGAUUUGAGCAGUAUAACGAUAACUAUAAAGAGAUCUGGAGGGAUCUUAUAGCGUUUGUGAACCCUAAUAGACAGCAUGUAAUGCCACCGUUAUUUUGUGAGCUACGUUGUCGGGAAGUGGUAGAAUUCACUCUCUCUUGGAUGGCCAGGAACGGGGGAAUGUCAAACAAUUUGACCAAGGUCUACGAAGCUGAGCUCCUGAUUCUAGAACUGUUCAGAAAUGCGGGAGAGAUCGUUCCAUCCCGGAGCCAGGUCUCUGCGCUUCUUGCGUCAUCGGCCUGGGAUUACAUGAAGGAUACGAGAUGUGAGUAUCAUGAAGAAACGGAAGUAGUCCUUGAAAAUUGUGCUUUGGGAACCUGCAAUAAAUACUGCUACUGCCUCAGUGAUGCGGUCUGUCCUAGGUACGACGUAGAGCUGACACCCAACCAUAUACCGGAGGCCGAAACCCCAGACGCUAUCGUCUAUCCCGCGCAGCAGAGGGAGAUCAAACCACAAGGUCAACGUACUCCACCGAGGGGUAACAGCAAGGGGCGCAACUACACACCCCCUCGGAUGAGAGACAGUGAUGUGGAAGAUAGAGAAGACAUCAACACGGCUCGUGAGGCACAACGAAUGGCCUCAUAUGAAGAUAAGCCGCUGCGUCAGCCGUCAACUAUUGGUAUAGCUCAUGUUGUUUCACAGCCAAAGUCUAACAUUCCUGAGACUGUUCAUAGCCAAGAAUCAGGUGCAUCCCAUCUUUAUGCUGGGCCUCCUGAACCACCAUCAGCUAAUCAGGUUCCUACCCCAGCCCAGGCGUGGCAGACGGUUACCACUAUACCUCAACAGAAACCAGGUGCAAUGAACCAGCAAGCCUCCAUUGAGCAGCUAACCAAUCAGAUGGGUGGACUAGGGACGACGCCCGCCGGUCGGGGGAUUCCCCCACAAUCACUUGGGCGCGGUCUAGGGCGUGGCUUGGGGCGAGGCCUUGGCAGGGGAUUGGGAAGGGGUGGUGUGGCCCCGCCCCCUGGAUUCUGAAACUCGUGUGUCUCACACCCACCAUACAGUUCAUCGGGUGUAGUGGUGCCAUAACAUUUCAUUGCCUGCUUGAUGACAUCCUUCAGGGGUUUGUGGACGAAACACCUGUCUGGGGAGAGAUUUUGGGAGACUUUUCUUAUGGUGCUGAUGUCUGGAAGCCUAUGCUUUUUCAUACUUUCAAUUUCAUAGACUGGGGAAGGCAGCAGUUUUGCUUUUGGAUACAAAUUGUGAUGGAAGAAACUACAAUAUCCACUAUUGCAGAUUUUUUUGAUUUUAUAGCAAGUAACUGAAGGCUUGACAAUGGCUACUCUGGCAUUGCAUACAAUUAGACAUGAAUGCCCAGCUUUGGAUGAGCAAGUAUGUAAAGGCUUGGCCAGAGUUGAAUAAGAAAGUGACCACUCUGUUAUUAGGUUAGACAUAACUGGCCAGCAGCCAUGGCGAUAUAUAGAAACAAAUCAUUCAAAUGCUUUCACAGACUUGAAAAAUAAAGAUGCAUUAUGAUGUUGGAUGUAGGUAGUAAGAGACAAAGCAAUGCAAAUAUUCAUAACGGUUCUCAUAGGCAGCUGUUAUAAAGCCUUCAAAGGCUUGUCCAGUUUGAAAAGAAAACCCCAGAAAGUCUGGAUUGGUUGGAAAAUUGUGCUACAGGUACAUGUAUGUGGAUAGAGAGUAUGGGAAAUCUUGGAAAAGAACAAGGCCCCGUUGUACAAAGAUUAACGAUUGAUCCAAUAAAUCGUAACUAUGGAAUGCCAGCAAAGUCAACAUAUGAAACGCAUGUUUGUUCAAAAAAAAUUCUAGAUAUGAGUCCAUAUCAAUAAAUUCAUUGAUUUCUUGACAAUUUGGGGUGUUCUCCUUUGAUUACAAAGGACAUUUUGCAAAUUUCCUGUAGAAAAAAUUAUGACACUGAUAGAUUUCCAAAGAGUUACAAUUGAUCGGAUCAAUCGUAACUCUUUGUACAACGGGCCCCAGGACUACUUUGACUGAAGAAAAAACACAAAUAAACAGGAGAAACAUAAAUGCUUGGCUAUGAUGCAGUUUUGAUAUACUCUAAGGACUAUUGCCCUCAAGUAAUUAUGAGAAAUGUUGUUUGCAUUAUCAAGAAUACAGCCACUCUGAAUGCAACAAUUUUUUUUGAUUUUUAGGCCUGAAAAUAAGGAAGGCAAAUACUACAUACAAUAUGAGUAUUAAUCACCAACUGCCACCAAUAUACUUGGUAGUUUCAGGUGGAUGUUUCAUAAAGCUGUUCGUAAGUUGAGAGCGACUUUAAGAAUGACUGGUGAUCAUUUCUUGUGGUAAAUGGUAUAUUCAUGGGCAAUGGUUUAGCGCGUAAGAAAGGAUCACAAGUUGUUCUUAAAGUCACUCUUUAUUUACAAACAGCUUUGUGAAACAACCACCAGGGCUUCCAAACAGAUGUGAUAUCUAGGAAAUAAUCUGAUGUUUCAGCAUUCCGAGCUGCUCUUUCGUUAUCAUUCUCCAAUUUUUUUUGGGUACUUAAUAUGCUACUAUAGGAACGAUGUGUUGGACAAGUUAUAUUUUAACAUGUGGUUGAUUAUUUUUAAAUAAAUGACAACUCUUGUAUAGCCUUUUUACUAGUAUCUGUAGGUAAAUAAGCAUCUAGGUCAAAUAGAUUUUUGGACCAUAUAAUCAUGCGUUAUAUACAUCCUUUAAUUUACUUUUCUCCUAUCUUGAACAGAUGUCUGUAAGUUCAGUGGAUUUGGCUUUGGAAAAAUACCAGUACUAUUCUCAAGAUUAUUUCUUUGAACAAGCCCAAGUUAUCAUUUGUAAAACCCAAGUAAUAUAUUCAAUGGAUGGGAUGCCAUUGACUGUUGUUGACCCACUUUUUUUUAAAAACACUUAUGUGUAUUCUGAAUUUGGGUUCAAUUUAAGCUGCGAUCAGAGUAUGUGCCCAAAAUGGGACAGCCCCCUCCCUGAAAAAAAAGAAAAAAACUAACUGUUGUUAAUUGUGCUGUUUGAUUCCCAUCAAUAAAAAUGAGAUUAUUUAGAUUAAAAAUUAACUCUCAACGUAUUAAGUAGAGUAAAACUGUAUUUCAUUUAGCACAAGAAAGGGUCACCAAUCACGUGUAAAAUUUGGCGUAAAGUUGUAACUUGCCAACAGCUUUAUGAAACGGCCCCUUUUGGUCUUUUUACUGUGCUCGUUUGCAAAGUAAGAAAAGCACACUACAAGACGGUUUCUACCAUGCUAAAUGUUCUUGAAUGUUCCACUCUUAAAUAUUGAUGGACUGUGGGUUACCAAUGGUAGUAACACAGAUAUGAGCCACAGUUUCAGUUAACCAGGGUUUGGAAUACACUAUAAGAAGGAGAUAGGACUGGGUAUAUUUAUGCUGAACAACUUUUUCCUAUCUUGUAUUUCAGUCAUCAUAUAGGAUGUACUUGUUUAUCUACAUUGUACUACAUGUAUGUUUGAAUGGGACUGGGUAAUGCUAGUCAUGUUUUUAAACAUUACAGAACGCAGUUAUUAUCUCGUGUGUUUUUGUUUCAUUAUGUUCCCAUUUAGCAAUGAUAUGUAUUGUGUGGCAUGGUACCCUAAUUGUCUGCAGUGCCCCUUGUCUGCCCAUGUACAUGUAUAAUUUUUAUAUGCACGAUUCUAAUAAAAAACACACAACCACAAAAUAUACAUCUGUAUCACAUAGACAGGUAUUCAUGAAAACAUCUGAGUCCAAAUGAUAAAUGUUGGUAUUUUCAUGUAAGCCUUCCUCAUCAAAAUCCUUGAAUUUUGUGUGAAAUGAAUGCGUGCAUAGACAUGGGAAAUGAUUUUUUUUCCAACCUAAAAUUAAUGGCAGGCCCUGGUUUUGAAUAAGAAAUUCAUGUAUCUGACACAAAUUCUGAUGAUAUAUUUGGCACACAUACUCUUAAGAACAUAUGGAAAAAUAUUAAUGCAAACCGUUGUGAAAAAAAAAAAAAAAUCAUGUUUGAUUAUUAAAUCUCAAGCUCUAUUUGGGGUGUGCAGACAUGGGGCCCACUUUCAUAUUGUCAUAAUCGUUGUCGUAUUUAGUUCUGGGUAUUCCAUUCAGCUGUGUAGUGAUUUUUCUGGCCAUGUCCAUCGUUUAUGUUUACUGUCUUCAUACAUGUAGUAAAAAAAAAAUGUUUUUUUCAUCAAAACCAUGAUUGUUCUACGUUAUAUUCUCUGUCACAUGGCAUGACACAUAUUAUUGAGAAUAAAGAAACAUAACAGAUUGCAGAGUUGUCAUACCAUAAUGGAGUAAUUCUUAUUUCAAAACAUCAUUGGAAAGUCCUAAUACAGAGAGCUUGCAUGAUUGCAAUCUUAAUGGUCAUGUUAUACUCUGCAAAUUCACUGUUUGUUUUUUUCACUCAUUUGAAGAAAAAAAAUCGGUCAUACUAAAGUCCAUGAUUCGCUGGUCAUUUUUUAAAUUUGUUUAUGUAUUAUAUAUGUCAUUUUUUGAGGGGGGGGGUAGGAAUAAAGUGCUCUUUCAGGAGAGAGUUUACUAUUGUCACUAGUUAGAUCUACUCCUUUAAAAAAAACACCUUAUCUACCAAAGAAGAAAAGGAGAAGGAGGAAGAGGAAGAAGAAAAAGAAGAAGAAAGGAGGAGUAAGAAGAAGAAGAAAGGGGAAAAAAGAAGAGGAAGAAGAGUGACUAAUGUAUAUACAUGUAAAUAAAAACUUUU